CUUUAAUAAAAGUUAUCAUUAUCUUCGAUUCAAGACAAAUAUAAAGAAAUAAUAAAUUAAUAUAUACUAUAAUUUAUUAAUUAUUAUUAUAAUUAUUAAAUAAAUAAUAAAAAUAAAUAUCAAUUAAUAAUUUGCUGGUGUAUAAUAGUUUCCAGACAGCCAGACAGAAAGAGAGAGAGAGAUAGAUAGAUACAGACAGACAGACAGCAGACAAAACAAUGAAAACCACCAUUUUCCUAACUCUAGCAACCACAAUCUGCACAAUCAACUCAUUCCUUCUAAACUAUCACACCACGUCUGAAGAAGAUGAAAUCAGACGGAAAGUCAAUGAAAGUAUCGCGACAUUCCAAAGCAUGUGGCCUGGUAUCGAGACAAGACGCUGCAACAGUAUGAACAAGUACGUAGAGACCUGUAGACAGUGGCUGCAACAGUCUAAAGAGGCUCAACGCCAGCAGCAGGCCGAUCACAACAAAUACAUGCGGGAGUACCUGGAAGAUGAAAAGAAGAGAAGGAAAGAAGAAGAUGAUCGGAUCGAUGCUAUCAAGAUCAAACCGGAAUUGUUGGCCGGGACGAGCAUUGUCUUGGAUUUCAACAAGGUUUAUAACACAACGAUCACCAGUUGCAUGGAUAUUUUGGCCGAUUGAAUUGAAUUGACUAUUAAUUAAAUUGUUUUAAAAAUAAAUAAAUUAAAUGUUUAAUUCAGUAAUUCACACACACCACACACACACACACACACACACCUUAAACCACACGCACCACACACACGCACACAUUACGAUGUGUUAGUUAGAAAUGAAUAAAUAAUGAAUACAAAAAUAAAAACUUUCCCAUUCCUGUUAUUUAAAAAAAAUCGAUAGAUAUAUUUGAAUUUGCUAAAUAGCGUGACGGUCAGUGAAUAAUUUGAAUAAAAAUUUUUAGGCACGAGUAUGUAAAUUUUUUAAAGUAUUGCAAAAUAACAAUCAAUGAAAUUCUACUGACAAUUUGUAAUUUUAAUAUAAAUUUAUAUUAGCGAUAUAGAUAGAUGGCAAAAUACUAAAAGAUAGAACAGAACAGAGUUGUCGAAGGUCGAGUUAGAAAAAUCGAGAAUUCCUUCGAUAAGAAGUUAGAUUGGGGUGGCAAAAGCGAGGAAGAAAUUAACGAAAUUUGCGGACUUAAAUAUAUUUUUAACG